AUGGACCACGCUCAGUGGGGUACGGCUGUUGUGCCUGUUCGAAAGAAAAAUGGAGAAAUCCGUUUGUGUGCCGCUUAUAACACCACCAUUAAUAAUGUAAUAGAAGAAGAUUGUUAUCCGAUACCUCGAGUUGAAGAUUUAUUGCAUAAAUUAAAUGGAGGAAAAUAUUUUUACACACUAGAUGUACAGAAUGCAUACCUGCACAUGGCAGUUGACAAGAAAUGUGCUGAGAUAAAGUUUACUUUGAUUACCGACAAUCAACCGUUAGCUAGAAUAUUUCAUGAAGGAAAAGACUUACCACCAACUUCAGCUAUACUAUUACUACACUGCGCCAAUUAUAUUUCUGGUUUUAAUUACGAACUCAAGCAUCGCAGAUCACAAUUGCACGCAAAUGCAGAUUACUUAUCAAGAGCUCCAAUUCUGACCAAUGAUAGGAAUAAAUCUGUGGAUUCAGCUAAAAUAUUUCAAAUAAAACAACUAGCAACACUACCAAUAAGUCAUGAAGAGAUCAAGAAGGAAACGAAGAAGGAUCAUAUCCUUAGACAAAUUUAUUGCGCGGUACAGGGAGAUAGUGAAUUUCAAUUACCAUAUGGAAAAAUUACUGACUUUUCAGUCCAAGACGGAUGUCUGCUAACAGGUAUCCGAGUAACAAUUCCUAAAUCAUUGCGUAGGAAUAUAUUGGACGAGUUACACUCAACACAUGUGGGAACAUCGCGUAUGAAGGCUUUAGCAAGAAGCCAUAUGUGGUGGCCGAGGAUUGAUAAAGAUAUUGAAGAACUGGCACACGCUUGUAUUCAAUGCGCAGAAACAAGAAAUGACCCGAUAAAAGUAAUUGUACAUCCCUGGGAGAAUGCAGUUAAACGUUGGCAGAGAGUCCACGUCGACUAUCUUGGACCUUUGCAUGGAAGAUACAUUUUUGUGUUAGUAGAUGCCUAUACAAAGUGGAACGAAGCGUUUCCAACAAAGACGAUAACUUCAACUAAAACUAUAGAGAUGCUAAGGGAGAUCUUUGCUAGAUUUGGACUGCCUUAUACAUUGGUUUCUGAUAAUGGAACUAAUUUCAAAUCAAGAGAAUUCAAAGAAUUUCUGAAAUCAAAUGGUAUUGUUCAUAAAGUCACCGCUCCUUACCAUCCUGCUACCAAUGGACAAGCGGAGAGGUACGUUCAAUCGAUUAAGAGAACCUUACGCAACCAGGUGCGUGAAGGUACCGACUUCAAGCUAAGUCUACAAAGGUUUUUGAUGCAAUAUCGGAAGACACCACAUACUAUCACAGAAGUGAGUCCAGCGGAAUUAAUGUUUGGAAGAAACAUUGUAACAGGAUUGGAUUUAGUUAGAAGUAAACUAAAAACCGAGCAGAAAGCUGAAAGAAAAACCUUAGAAGAGUAA